AUGAGGCUACCUAUCGCAUUCGUGAGCAGCACGUUGGUGCUUCUGUCGGCGCUCCGCGUGUCCGCACACAUUGGCCCAGGCUUUGCUAUGCCAGAAUCGCGCGACGUUGUGCAUCACCACCUGCGCUCCCGAGGAACAAAUGGUCGUUUGAUGCUGCGUGCUGCACCAUCCUCAGAGUCGCAAGAAAGCAGCGAGCAGGACCCAUCGCAAGAAUGCAAACCAUAUGGCCUGAAAAGCAGCUCUGCGCUAGGAAAGGUAUAUCCCAAGGCUGGGCAAAUUGCGGACAUUGUAAGCGGGGACGAUACUGGCGCUACGCUCUUUAAGGAAAUUUUGGAUAGUGGCAUCAUCCCUGGAAACGUCCAGGUGAAGAAGGGCACACAGGGCAAUAUGGGAAUUGAUCAAGGUCAGAGCGACUCGUACGACGAUUCUGAUCCCGACUGUUGGUGGACUGCGACAGGCUGUACUUCACCCAAACACAAGCAGCUGUCCCACGAUCUUGAUUCGUGUCCUGAGCCCAACACAUGGGGCCUGUCGUUUGACGACGGUCCGAACUGCUCGCACAAUGCAUUUUACGACUUUUUGCAAAAGGAAAAGCUUAGGGCUACGCUGUUCUACAUUGGCACAAAUGUGAUCGACUGGCCCCUGCAGGCACAACGCGGCCUCACCGAUGGCCACGACAUUUGUGUGCACACAUGGUCUCACCAUUACACCACCACGCUUUCGACCAGUCAGGUGUUUUCCGAGUUGUAUUACACGAUGCGCAUUAUUAAGGACGUUAUUGGCGUCACGCCUCGUUGUUGGCGCCCACCGUAUGGCGAUGUGGACGACCGUGUGCGUGCUAUUGCUACUGCUCUUGGUCUUCGCACGAUUGUCUGGGACCAUGACACGGAUGACUGGAACAUUGUGCCUGGUGGCAAGCAGUCUACUGCGAAGAUUGAGUCCAACUACCAGAAAAUUAUUGAUGCGGGCAAAAAUGGAUCUACCGCUGACAAGGGCAUAAUGGUGCUGACGCAUGAGCUUACGAAUCAGACCAUGGAUAUGUUUAUGAACGAAUACUCCAAGGUCAAGGCUGCGUACAAAAACCUUGUGCCUAUUAGUGCAUGUAUGAACGCCUCGUCUCCGUACGUGGAGGACCAACCAACGUACUCCAACUUUGCUGACUUUACGAGCGGCAAGGUUGAUGCACAAGGAUUGCCCCAGCCAGACGCUAUUAAGAUCAACGUGAACAGCAAGCUUAACAUCACGUCGGAAAAAGACCAAAAGUCUGCUGGUGGCUUUUCCAGUGCCUCUGCAAAAAAGAGCAAAACGCAGGGUGACAGCUCUUCAAGUUCCCCCGACUCCCAAGCCAGCGCUGCUCCUAACAGCAACAAGUCUAGCGACAAGGAGGACGGCAACAGUGCAUCGUUUACGCCCAUUCACGUGCUUUCUAUCUCGAUGACCGCUGCACUUGUUUCGUUUGCGUCAUGGGCGUUGUAA